UAUGUAUAACUACCAAUUGUUCUGCACUUUUUGACUUGACAACCCCCUCGUUCGUUAUCUCGUUUACUCGCCACUCACAAGUGAUUGAAGCCGUUCAUUCGCAAAAGGUUGUGGAUUCAAAACUCCAAAAAAAAAAAUAACGUUAAUCGCUAUAGUUUUUUUUUUUGGCCAUAGCACCUGAUUAAUCGCCGGAGCAUUUACUUCCGAGUUCUUGGUAUUUUAGAUACAUAUUCAAUCAGUUUCAGACACCACUAAGUAGGAUACCACACUCCCUUACAAGAAUCUCCGCAUGGAUCCAACAAACGAUCCCAACUUUACACCUCCUUCCCUCAAGAGAGAUAUCGAGCCACCAGCUCCUUCCUCAAGAAUCCCCAAGAACGCACCUAUUCAACCAUUGGUGCUCGCAGACAUGGGAAACGCAGUAGACGCUCCAUCUCCACACCCGUCGGUGUCCUCGUCGUCUGGUUCUUCGUCAGCGAAGGCUAAGAAUCCAGUCACAUUCACGGACGACAGUCUCCCCUCGCAGUAUCCGCAUGCUAAGAUCCCUAGAAGACACACCGAGCUUGUCAGCUCGUCUUCUGACGAGGAAAAAGUGCAGACAAAGCCUAUAUUACCGCCCACCAUCAAGGUUAAAUCGUCACAGAUUGCCGACUUGGAGGAAGUACCGCAUGGAAUUCAGAGACAGGCCAAGACUUUAGAUAAGUACGAGUUCCCAACCCACAGAUUAGCUACCACACUUUCUGAUGACACUAAAUACCCGUUGGUGAUUGUGGCUUGUGGUUCAUUUUCCCCUAUCACCUACCUCCAUUUGCGUAUGUUUGAAAUGGCGCUUGAUACAAUCACUGAACAGACUCGUUUUGAAGUGAUUGGUGGAUACUAUUCACCUGUCAGUUCUAAUUACAAGAAACAAGGUCUUGCCCCCGCGCACCAUCGUGUAAGAAUGUGUGAAUUGGCUUGUGAAAGAACCUCUUCAUGGUUGAUGGUAGACGCCUGGGAAUCUCUUCAACCAAAAUAUACCCGUACCGCAUUGGUAUUGGACCACUUUAACGAGGAAAUCAACAUCAAUGGUGGCGGUAUUAUGACUGCUCUGGGUGAAAAGAGAGGCGUGAAAAUCAUGCUCUUGGCAGGUGGUGAUCUUAUCGAAUCUAUGGGAGAACCAGAUGUCUGGGCCGACCAGGAUUUGCAUCACAUUUUGGGAAAGUAUGGAUGUCUUAUAGUUGAAAGAACUGGUGCCGACGUGAGAAGUUUCCUUCUCUCCCACGAUAUCAUGUAUGAACACAGAAGAAACGUGUUGGUCAUUAAACAACUCAUCUACAACGAUAUCUCAUCCACCAAGAUUCGAUUGUUUAUUAGACGUGGAAUGUCCGUCCAGUACCUCUUGCCAAACUCAGUGAUAAGGUACAUUCAAGAACACAAGUUGUAUAUCAACGAAACUGAGCCGGUCAAGCAGGUAAUGGCGGAUAAGGCCGAUUAAUAGAGAUCUCAGGACCGUAACCCCCUUCAAUUCUGGCGUAUCCGUAUUAUUUUUAAUCGUUUCUAUAGAUUUAUUAUAUUCCUAUUUACAA